AAUUUUAUUUGUCUCCCUCCAUUUCAAUUCCCGACAUGCCGCGAAAGAAACUUAAGAACUCCGUUUAUCUUUCACUUCUCUCACUCUCCAUCUUCAUCGCUUUCUCUUUCUCCUUCAACAAUGAAUGAUUAGGUAAACCCAGACACACAGAAAGUCUUUCCACUUCAUUCAUCUACUGUUUCUUUCUUUCUCAACUCAAAUUCACUCACAAACCCUAAAUUCCCAUUUCUCUCUCUCCGCCCGUUUUUGUUGGGUCCUCUGCUCAAUCCACUUCGUCGCUAUCAGGUUCGAUAGUGUCGUAAUUUCACCAUGUACAUAAAGCAGGUGAUAAUUGAAGGAUUUAAGAGCUACAAGGAACAAGUUGCUACUGACCCUUUUAGUCCGAAGGUCAAUUGUGUUGUUGGUGCUAAUGGCUCUGGCAAGACUAACUUUUUCCAUGCGAUCCGUUUUGUACUAAGUGACCUCUACCAGAACCUCCGCAGUGAAGAUAGGGUUGCACUACUUCAUGAAGGUGCAGGCCAUCAAGUUACUACUGCAUUUGUUGAGAUCUUGUUUGACAAUUCGGACAAUCGUAUUCCGGUUGAUAAAGAGGAAGUGCGCUUGCGUAGAACAAUUAAUCAAAAGAAGGAUGAAUAUUUCUUGGAUGGAAAGCACAUCACGAAAACAGAGGUUAUGAAUUUACUGGAAAGUGCUGGGUUUUCUCGAUCCAAUCCUUACUAUGUUGUGCAACAAGGAAAGAUAGCUUCAUUAACUUUGAUGAAAGACUCUGAGAGGCUUGAUUUACUCAAAGAAAUUGGUGGCACUCGAGUGUACGAGGAAAGACGUCGGGAAAGUUUAAAAAUUAUGCAGGAAACUGGUAAUAAAAGGAAGCAGAUAAUUCAGGUUGUUCAGUACUUAGAUGAGAGAUUAAGGGAAUUAGAUGAGGAGAAAGAGGAAUUAAGGAAAUAUCAGCAACUUGACAAGCAGCGUAAAUCUCUGGAAUACACUAUUUAUGACAAGGAACUUCAUGAUGCUCGGCAGAAGUUGGCAGAGGUGGAAGAGGCACGAACAAGGGUUUCUGAAACAUCUACAAAAAUGUAUAAUAGUGUGCUGGAUGCCCAUGAAAAAUCGAAGGACCUGGAUAAGGCAAUGAAAGAUUUAACGAAAGAACUUAAUGGUUUAAGCAAGGAGAAAGAAGCAGCAGAAAUCCAAAAAACAGAAGCAAUAAAGAAGCAGACAGAGGUUGAGCUUGAUGUGAAGGAUCUUGAGGAGAAGAUGUUUGGAAAUACUCGAGCCAAAAAUGAUGCUGUGAGGCAACUUCAACUUCUGCAAAAUGAAAUUCAGGACUCAAUGAAUGAGCUUGAAGAAAUAAGUCCUUUGUAUGAUAGUCAAAUCAUGAAGGAAAAGGAGAUUACAAAAGGUAUAAUGGAGCGUGAGAAGCAACUUAGCAUCUUAUAUCAAAAGCAAGGUCGUGCCACCCAAUUCUCGAAUAAAGCUGCUCGUGACAAAUGGCUUAAAAAGGAAAUUAAGGAUCUUAAUGUUGUUCUGACUUCAAACCUGAAUCAAGAGAAAAAGCUUCAGGAUGAGAUUCAUCGCCUUAGCUCCGAGUUGAAUGAGCAGGAUGUCUACAUUGAGGGUCGCAGAACUGAAAUUGCUAAUCUGGAGUCCUUUAUUUCUCAGUCUCGUGAAGGUUUCAAUCAUCAAAAAUCACUGAGAGACAAGUUGCAAGAUGAGCGGAAGUCCUUGUGGGGAAAAGAAACUGAACUUUCUGCUGAAAUUGAUAAACUGAGAACAGAGGUUGAGAAGGCAGAAAAGAAUCUCGAUCAUGCAACUCCUGGGGAAGUCAGAAGAGGGCUAAAUUCUGUUAGAAGGAUCUGCAGAGAGUAUAAAAUUCCUGACGUAUAUGGUCCAAUUAUAGAGCUCCUUCAUUGUGAUGAAAGAUUUUUCACUGCUGUUGAAGUUACUGCUGGAAACAGCUUAUUCCAUGUGGUGGUUAAAACUGAUGAUAUAUCAACCCAGAUAAUUAAGCACCUGAACGCAUUGAAAGGGGGACGAGUUACAUUUAUACCACUGAACAGGGUGAAACCACCACAUGUUAACUAUCCAAAGAGUUCUGAUGUUAUACCACUUGUGGACAAGUUGGAGUUUGAUAAGAAAUAUGGAGAUGCUUUUAAACAGGUUUUUGCUAGAACAGUGAUUUGUCGAGAUCUAGAUGUGGCUACAAAGGUUGCUCGUAAGGAUGGGCUAGACUGUAUAACUUUGGAAGGUGAUCAAGUGAGCAAGAAAGGUGGUAUGACUGGUGGAUUUUAUGAUCACCGGAGAUCAAAAUUGAAGUUUAUGAAUAUUGUCAUGCAGAACACCAAUUCUAUAAAAGCAAAGGAAGAUGAAUUGGAAAAAGUCAGAUUUGAGCUUCAAGAGAUAGACAAGAAAAUUACAGAACUUGUAACUGAGCAGCAGAAAAUUGAUGCGAAGCGGACUCAUGAUAAGUCUGAGUUAGAGCAACUUAAGCAGGACAUUGCAAAUGCUAAUAAGAAGAAACAACUAGUGUCGAAAGCUCUGGUUAAGAAGGAGAAAUCACUUGCAGAUGUGCAGGCUCAAAUUGAUCAGCUUAGAGCCAGUAUGGCCAUGAAAGAGGCUGAGAUGGGCACAGAGCUCAUUGACCACUUAACUCCAGAGGAAAGGGUUCUUCUUUCGAGAUUGAACCCUGAAAUUGCAGAUCUCAAAGAACAGCUAAUUAAAUGCAAGACAGACCGUAUUGAGACUGAAUCAAGGAAAUCUGAGCUUGAGACUAAUUUAACAACCAACCUCAAGAGGCGAAAGCAAGAAUUGGAGGUCAUAGUAUCUUCUGCAGAAACUGACAAUUUGCAAGGAGAAGUUGAAAAUAAGAGGCAAGAACUUCAUGAUGCUAGAUCAGCAGUUCAGGAUGCAACAGAGCAACUUAAAAGAGUAUGUGCAAGUAUAGGGGAUAGAACAAAGCAACUCAAGAAGAUCAAAGAUGAGAAGACCAAGCUAAAGAAUUUAGAAGACAACUACGAGAGAACACUUCAGGAUGAAGCUAAAGAGUUAGAACAGCUGUUAAGUAAAAGAAACAUGUUCCUUGCUAAACAAGAAGAGUUCUCAAGAAAAAUCAGGGAGCUUGGUCCAUUGUCAUCAGAUGCUUUUGAAACGUAUAAGCGGAGGAACAUUAAAGAACUGAAUAAAAUGUUGCAUAAGUGCACUGAGCAAUUGCAGCAAUUCAGUCAUGUCAACAAAAAGGCACUUGAUCAGUAUGUUAAUUUCACAGAACAACGAGAAGAACUCCAGAAAAGGCAAGCUGAACUGGAGGCCGGUGAAGAGAAAAUUAGAGAGCUUAUAUCUGUUCUAGAUCAGAGAAAGGACGAGUCGAUAGAACGUACUUUCAAAGGUGUUGCCAGGCACUUCAGAGAAGUUUUUUCUGAGCUAGUACAAGGUGGGCAUGGUCACCUAGUCAUGAUGAAGAAAAAGGACGGUGACCAUGGUGAUGAUGAUGAUGAAGAUGGACCUCGUGAAGCAGAUGUGGAGGGUAGGGUUGAGAAAUACAUUGGUGUGAAAGUUAAGGUUUCUUUUACCGGGCAAGGAGAAACUCAGUCCAUGAAGCAACUAUCUGGGGGUCAGAAAACUGUUGUUGCACUUACACUUAUCUUUGCCAUCCAGCGAUGCGAUCCAGCUCCAUUCUAUCUUUUUGACGAGAUAGAUGCCGCUUUGGAUCCUCAGUACAGGACUGCUGUAGGAAAUAUGAUUCGUCGCUUGGCAGAUAUUGCAAAUACUCAAUUCAUAACCACAACAUUCCGACCGGAGCUUGUCAAAGUUUCAGACAAAAUAUAUUAUGUCACACAUCAAAACAGGGUGAGCUUUGUUAAAGUUGCCUCCAAAGAUCGGGCACUGGACUUUAUCGAGCAUGACCAGUCUCACAACGUUGAGUAAGGUAAUAAAAAAGUUUUUCCUUAAUCCAUUCAGGAGAGUCUCACCCAUAUCCGGACUCUGAAGAAUUCGGUGUGUUGUCUUCUAGAUAGGGGGCUUGUAGUUUUAGCCAGAAGACUGUAUAGAUAGAUGAUGCUAAACAACUCGAAUUUGGUAGUUAGAUAGAUUAAAACAUAUUUCGUGAUCGGUAUAAAAACAGUCAUAUAUGGCAAACCUUUAGUUUGUAUUAUGUAAAUUUGGGGAGGUCCAUGGAUCAAGGAAUGCUGGAUCAUGUAACUACUCACUCUUUGCUUCUUUCUGUUUAAUCUUUGACUACGUUCUUGUACAUGGAAAUAGGAUAUGGACUCGGCUCAGCCUGUGUUUAUCACGUGGGGCACAGCCAAUGCCCACUCAGUUUCGAAUUUCGAUUGGUUGAAGGUUUGAAUCGUUUGAUAUAUGUUAUUUUUUUUUGUUUUA